AAUCACAUCUAAAACCCUAUUUUACUGUUAACACCUAAAACCCCCUUCCUCUUGGAAAAUCACAAACGAAUCUUUCGAAGUAACGAGAAUGGCGGAUUCAGGAGCAAAGGUUAAAGAGAAACGAACGAAGAAGACGAACAAAAAGAGAAAGCAAAAAAUCAAUGAAGAAACUGAAAGAUCUUCCAAAACGCAGCGUAUUAGUUUCUCAGAGGAAGGGAGUGAACCACAAGAAAUGGAAGAAGAGGAACAAGCUCAAAAGUCGGGGCAGAGAGAACUGAACCAGAACCUCGACGAAGAAGGUUGUCCAUGGAGGAACCUGCAGCUAAUACUAUCACUCCAGGACAAAGACCUCGAUCUUCAAAAGAAAGUAGAGCUAGCCUUUCAUUUUGUGACUUCGAGGAGGAAAGAAGGCAAUGAUGCCACCCGCGAUUGUGAAACUGUAAAAAUGUCACGGCUAAUAAUUUUUCUUAAUGAUUGGAUCCAGUCAUUGUUGGUCUCUUCAGAAAAGAAAAUAAGGGUUGGCGAAGAAAAACCUCAUGAUAAUACGUAUUUGGAUUUCAGAUGUUGGAAGAUUUUUAAAUUCUGCUUGGAGGAGUCUUUGAACUUACAUGUUUCUUUAAGUUAUUCAAGGAAUCUUUUGCGGUCUAUUUCUUCAAUUGCCAAAAAUGCGUUGUCUGAAUUGGACAAUAAAUCUUCUUGUCCAGAAGAAUUAUAUUUUGUUGGUGAACGAUUUGAAUUGUACAGUACUGUGCUUGAUUGCAUGUCUUUGGUGUUCUCAUCCCAUGGUGGUUUGUCAAAUGAAAAUUUAGACCUUUGGGUUUCAACUAUGAAUCCAGUGCUUGAGCUUGCUCACAAAAUUAGUGCUGAAAACCUUUAUGGUGGGAAUGCAGGUGUUUAUGUCCUGCAGUUUUCGUGCUUAAUCUUUGAGCCAUUUGCCAAGUUUUUAAGGGCGCACCCUACUAGGAAAACUGGAUUUCAAGAUUUUGUUGAUAAACUUCUUGAACCUCUGUUGCAUCUAUUAGGCAUCUUGCAUAUCAAGACAGAUGGAUGUAAUCCUACUUGGACUAGAAAUCUAUUGAAGCUAGUUGAAGACGUCUUGUCUGAUGGGUUGUUUCAUCCAGUCCACAUUGAUGGAUUUUUGAGCUUACAUAGUACAGAAAAAUAUGUUGUAUCCCAUGAUGGGGAGUUUAGAGACUCCAAAACAGUAAUUAAGAGUUAUCAUAGACACCUUUUUGAUAAACUGGAAAGAAUUACGGCUGCGAAAAAAGAAUUAGCAGCAUAUAGCAUUGGAGAACUGUUUCACUUGUUUGUUGAUCGAGUUAAAAAACCAAAAGGAGCUUUAGGGAUGUCCAGAAAUGCCAACACGAUGGCAAAAUCUGAAGGUUCAAAACAGUUGGAAGAUAAUUGGUUGGGUCACACGUCUAAGAUGUUUUCAGAAAGUAGCAAUGUGCCACCGGACAAUAGUUAUUGCCUAAAUUCUUUAAGUGCAGAAAGAAGAAAGGCACUUUUUGAUUUCUUUGUAGUGAUUAUGGAGCCUCUUUUAUGUGAGAUUCAUGGUUAUCUUCAAGCUGAUCUUGAAUUUGGACCUGUAUUGUCAGAUGUUCAUUGCACACUCAAAUCAAUUACCAACUUGCUUGCCAGCUUUAUGCAUGGAAAGGUAUACAUGAGAACAGAGGACAACACCGAGGGAGCUUGCUUAAAUUUCUUGAAGAAGGUUUAUGACAUGAUUAUAUCAAUGUCCUCCAGAUUAAUCAAAUCAUCCAAAUAUUAUGUCAAUAACAGGAAAGAGAGGGAUAUAUUAACAUUGUUAGCCAAUGAAAUACUUGAUACUAUAGGUUUUCUUUUGGAAAUCGAAUAUGAGGUUAUAGAGAAUGAUCUGGUAAGCUUAUGGCUCAUGAUGUUUUCUUAUCUAGCCAUUGGACUCACUUCGACUGAUGGCCUGAAUAAUUGCUCACUGUCUUCUAAGAUAACAAACCUUGGAUGCCAAUUGUUUAAUCUAUAUAGCCAACUUCGCCAGGUGAAUAAUACAAUUUUCACACUGUGCAAAGCAAUAAGGCUAUCACAUGGUGGUAGUGGUGAAACUGAUUAUGCUAGAUUCUUGACUUCCUUACAUGGUGAAGUUUAUGCAAAAUCGGUUGGGAUGCUUUUAUGCUCGCAUGAAUUUAAGAUUGCCAUUCAUAGAGCUGUUAAAUCCAUACCAGAAGGGCAAGCAAGUGGGUGCCUUAGGCAGUUGACAAGGGAUAUGUCAGAAGCUCUUGAAUGGAUGAAAGAAAGUUGUUCACUGAUUGAUGAAAAAGAAUUUGGUGAACAGGUUUUACAAAGUCGCUUGCUGGGGUUUUCUCCGGAAGCUGAACUUUUGGGAAGAGGGUUGUCUGAACUGUAUGUCUUAGUGCUAGGGUCUUUAACUGUUACAGCGGGUAAUAGUAACCUUGUUGGAGUUUCUAUAAAGGACCUUGUUACUCUGCUUUGUCCUUACAUGAGUACACUAGUUGGAGCACAGCCAGAUGCUGUCAAUGAGUUCCUCUUUUCUGUCACGGGAAAAACAUUUGACAAUGAUCUUGGAAAUAGAACUGAUUUGCAGAGCUUUGUAUUUUCAACCCACUGGGUCUUUGUCUUUUUCUUUCAGUUGUAUAUGUCCUGUCGAAUCUUAUAUAGGCAAGCAGCCAGCCUCGUGCCUCCAGAUUCAUCAAGAAAGAUGUCAGCAGCUAUGGGGGAAUCAUUCACUGCAUACUCAGGUAGAGAUUGGAUGCAGAGUACUGAUUGGACAGACGAUAGCUACUUUUCUUGGUUUUCACAAACAUCAGCUUCUCUUCUUGAUAUUAUUCAAUUAUUAUCAAACAUCUAUCUUCAAAAGAGUGCUGCAGAUUGUUCUCCAUUGAUAUAUACAAUGCAUGCUAUGUCUCUUCAGAGGCUUGUUGAUUUGAACAGGAAGAUAAAGUCUUUUGAGUAUUUGCUGCAAAGUUAUGAUAAUCUGCUGCAAAGCGGGUUGCUUGAUGAUGCCAGCUUGUCACGGUAUAAUAAAAGAAGCAAAAAGCUGAGAAGUAUAAUCUCAGUUUUGAGGCAAGAGGCAGUAGACCUUACUGCUUUUAUGAUGGGGCACCUAUCAUUAGUUAAGGAGACUUCUGAUGAUUUAACUUGUGAGGAAGCUUCUGCCCUCAAAAGUGAUGAAUGGGAUUUGGGUGUUUCUGCUGUGAACAAUAAAUCAUUGCCUGCUGCAAUUUGGUGGAUAGUUUGCCAAAAUAUCGAUGUUUGGUGCACUCAUGCUGAUAGAAAAAAGUUGAAGAUGUUCCUUUCUCUCUUAAUCCAUACUUCUCUUCCAUAUGGAAAAAGCAGUUUUAGAGAGGUUGGAAAGUGGAACCUCCACGAACAUAGCCAACUGAAGCAAGUUACCGUGCAUCAAAUCUCUACAGAACUCUUUGACGACUCCAUUCUGUAUGAAAAAAGAUUUGUCCGCAAACAUUUUGUCCCAAGGUUUUGCCGUGUAUUGGAGAAAUCUGCAUUAUUGCUUAUUGGUAAUUUUGGUGGAAAUGUUGAUUUCAAAUCAUCACCUAAUUGGUCAGAGGUUUUAUCUGCCCUAGAGAACCCAUCGGUGGUCGUUUCCAGCAAUCAGCAUGUUAAUUGUGAUUGCUUUUCUGCAAUAAAAACAACAACUGGUUCUUCUGAUAAGUUGCUGACGCAAAGUUGCAAGGAACCAAAAUCCUUGCCCUUUCCUAGCAUGAAAUUUACAGCUUGUCAGAGCUUGCUUAGUCUUUUGAGUUGGAUGCCAAAAGGGUAUUUUGGUUCAAGAUCAUUUUCACUUCUAGUGACAUGUAUUCUCAACCUUGAAAGGUGUGUUAUUGGUUGCAUAUUGGAUUGCCAGAAUAAGUUAUGCUCUCAUGACUAUUAUGAGCUCUGCAGAUUGUUUGUUUCUUGCCGGAAGGCCUUGAAAUGUAUAAUUGUCACUUCUUGUGAGAGGCCAGAAACCUGUGAUACCUCACUAACUUCUGUAUUUUUUGACGAUUCACUUCCUGCUUUAUGGCUUUUCAAGUCACUGUAUGCAGUUGUUGGUAUCCAAGAGUUACUUCCAAAAGAUGAUUAUUGUAAAGUUGAUGAUAUGAUCUUUACCUUGAUGGAUCAGACAUUAUAUGUACUAUUGACAUUGAACAAAUAUCAUUUUAGUUAUGCCCCUCAUUUCUUUAAAUAUGCACUGAACCAUUGUAAAGAGCAAGAUAAUGCUAAACCUGUUCAUGAAGAGGAAAAUUUAAUGGAAACAGAUCCACUCUUUGAUUCCUCUGAUUAUAUUGAAGCCAGGAAAAGUGCAUCCCUUGUUCCUAAGAGUUUGAGGGAACAGAUGGAAAUCUUUCUUAUUACUUUGAAGAAUGCCCUUGGUAGUAACAAAGUCAGUUAUGCUACCAGUGUUUUGGAUUUGAAUAAGUUUUCUUCUAUAGUUUCUUGCUUUAGUGGGGUCUUAUGGGGUGUAGUAUCUGUUGUGAAACAAACAGACACAAGAGAUGGUGACAUUAAAAUACAAUCAGAACAUGAACCUGUCUCUGAAAUCAACCUUUGUAUAAAUGUAUUUGCUGAAUUUUCUAGUCUUCUCAUAUAUGUGUUGCUUUUUGAGGAUGAUAAACUGUGCAGAAGUUUAUCUGAUGCUCGAAAACUUCAAAAGUCAAGCUGCUAUAUUUCAUGGGGUAAACAGCUGUGCAGUACUGGCGAGGCAAUAACUUGCAUAUCAUCAUCUGAUGCUAAUAAUGACUCUAGAGUUAGUAAUGUUGCUUGGAAAUGGCCCCCGUUGAAAGAUGCAAACACUGGUGGCAGUUUUCAGGCUGAAGAUGAUCCAUUUGAGCUCGAAUCUUUAAAUAAGACUUUGUUGAAGAGCUUGCUGAAAGGUGAUAAUCCUGAAACAGCAUUUUUACUGAGGCAGUUAUUAAUUGCUUCUUCAGCUAUUUGGAGGCUGCAUAUGCAUAUCAAUAGUGCUCCCUUGUCAUCUGGCUUGAUGCAAAUUUAUAUAGGAAUUUCACAGGUCUUGUUAUCGGAAUUUGUGAACAUGAAUCAGGUGCCACAACCUUUUUGUUUUGUUUGGUUAGAUGGUAUUCUGAAGUUUCUAGAAGAGUUAGGGAGUCAUUUUCCUUCAACCAAUCCUAUGUUGUCCAGAAAUUUGUAUGUCAAGAUGGUAGAGCUACAAUUAGGGGCUAUAGGAAAAUGCAUAACUGUCCAAGGAAAAAGAGCUACUCUUGCAUCUCAUGAGGCGGAAGCAAGCACCAAGAUGCUACAAGGUCAUGUUGGAUUAUCUGAUGCAUCUCUUAAUUGCCUGCCAUACUGCUUGGAUGAAUUUAAAGCUAGGUUGAGAUUGUCAUUCUCAGUAUUCAUAAAGAAACCAUCAGAGUUUUAUCUUUUAUCGGCAAUACAAGCUAUAGAAAGAGCAUUGGUAGGUGUACGGGAAAUUUACACAAUGAUUUAUGAUGUAUACAUUGGAAGUGCAGAUGGGGGCAAGGUUUCCUCAACUGUUGCAGCUGGCAUUGAUUGCUUGGAUUUGCUUCUGGAAUUUGCUUCAGGACGCAAACGUUUGAGUGUAGUUAAGAGACAUAUUCAGAGCUUACUUGCAAGUGUAUUCAACAUAAUUCUGCACUUGCAGAGUCCGUUAAUUUUCUAUGAGAGGUGUAGUGAAGGUAAUACUGAUCCAGAUCCGGGAGCAGUUAUUCUUAUGGGUGUUGAGGUACUGACAAGAAUUUCUGGAAAACAUGCUCUGUUCCAAAUGGAGGCUUGGCAUGUGGCACAAGCUUUGCGUAUUCCUGCAACACUUUUUCAAGAUUUUCAUCAACUUAAACUUUCUAAAGCUUCUGUUCUGUGUGAUACCUCCAUGAUUUCAAGUGACAGUGUCUCUGAUCCAGCAGCUAGUAUGCAGCUUAAUGAUGUAGAUAGGAAAUUCUCACUUGACCUAUUUGCUGCUUGCUGCCGAUUGUUAUACACUGUCAUGAAGCAUCACAAAAGUGUAUGUGAGCAGUGCAUUGCUCUACUUGAAGCUUCUGUACUUGUUCUUCUUCAUUCUUUGGAGACGAUGGAUGCUGAUUCAGUGGUAAGAACUGGUUACUUCUCAUGGAAAGUGGAAGAGGGAGUAAAAUGUGCUUAUUGUCUGCGAAGGAUUUAUGAAGAGGUAAGACAUUCAAAGGAUGUAUUCGGUCAGCAUGGUUCUCAAAUUUUAUCUAGUUACAUUUGGGUUUAUUCAGGAUUUGGCCCCCUUAAAACUGGCAUCAAAAGGGAAAUUGAUGAAGCUCUGAGACCAGGUGUAUAUGCUUUACUAGAUGUUUGCUCAGCAGAUGAUCUUCAAUAUCUUCACACUGUAUUUGGAGAGGGUCCUUGCAGAAAUACUCUGGCCACUUUGCAACAUGAUUACAAGCUCCAUUUCCAGUAUGAAGGGAAAGUUUAAUCCGUGUUUAUUCUUCAGUGAUUGCUUUGCUGUCCUUUAGGAUGACAAAUUGUGAUGUCCUAAUGGAAGAAAGAUUCAUCUGUCAGUCAUCAUAUCGGACAAUGCCUUUGGGAACUUAGUUUAGCUGUACCCCAAAUCUUAAAUCAUACACCUAAAUGAUUGAUCAUUUAAGUAAUCUCGCUGACGGUGGCUUUCCUCAAAAUUCUGCAAUUCCAAGUCUAAAUGAGGGUAGAAUUCAAGCAUAUGCUUCUCAAAAUCCAAUCAGUGGCACAGGCAAGCGAACCAAUUGCAAGCUUUGCCUCUUGGUGCAAUUACAGAAUUUAAGGACCUGAAUGAAAAAUGACAUAAUCUUAUCUGCCUUUCCAGGAUUGAGUGCCAUGUUUCGUUGCCACUCAGGCUUCAUGGUAACCUUAAGAAGACCGCAAAGAGAAGCUGGUACUUUCCUUGCUUUUCCCUGUCAGCCAGUGAUAAAAUCCGCUCUAUGGUGAUCUUCAAUUUAUGCGUACCUUCUAACAUCUCUUCUGUCUUGUAAGAUGUAUUUGCAUCCGUAAUAUCCACCAGCAGGACUGUACACUAACUAAAAUAUACAAGUGAGAAUCCAAUCAGUUGUGUCCUUGA